AUGGAACACACUAAGCAGCCCAGUUUCAUCCUAUUGUUUCUGGUCAUGAUCAACAUCGGUCUCGCUCAUUGUCAAACUCUUUUGCCUUGGACGUGCAACAGCAGUGUGAACACGCUCGAAGACCUUGAAGCCCUGCUAGGCACCGUCCCGACUCACUGUUACAACGAACUUUUGCUCCCAGUCCUGACAAGCAACUACGCCGCUGCGCUGGAAGCUUUCCAAGGCGCUCUUGGUCGUGAGUAUGACGACAAUUUUGAAACUUACAAACAUUAUAUGGAAAAGAAUUUGCCCCGAAUGCUGCAAUCCUACGUCUGGGACAAUUCCUCACAAUACUUCAACUGCUUUUACGAGCAGUCGGAUCAGCCACAACCCUAUUGCCUUGCAGAAGGAGUGGGCAAAGCGGAAACGGCGAUUCACGGAAUUCCAGAAUGGCUAGAGUUUAAAGACGACAACAAAGAAGCAGAAUUCUACAAAUCGCUCGAACAAAAUUUUGGUUUGAACGAAUCUGACCUGAUCUUCGGUGAGCAUCAACAAGAAGCCUGCACCACAUGCCAUGAACCUAAUGGCGACCUGGCUUGUUGUCCACAUGUGUACAAAAUGCGCAACUGGCCAAUGCUGAGAUCAGAUUAUGUGGUCAUGAAUCCCAAGUCCUGGGUAGACCAGCAACUACCAUCUCUAGUGGUGAAUCUUGAAAGCCUGAAAGAUGCCAUUGUCGACAUUGACCAUGGCACAUAUGUGGGCAACAUUGACGAGCUCAUCGAUGCAUACAAAUGCGUUGUUGCAGGGCUGGAGCGAACAAAGAACUCCAUGGAAGUUGUCAAGGAUGUGGCUGCAGCGAUUGCUGCUGACGAGAGAAGGAAAAAGGAGGAGCUGAUUCUCCAAAUACUGCUAGGCGUCUUGACGCUCCUCCCCUUCUUGGGGCAAGCAACUGCGGCGCUUACCGGGGUCUCUGUUCUUGCGAGGCUGGCAAGCAUCAUAGGAGGACUUGGUGGCACAGCAGUCACUGUAGUACAGAUCGUCAACAACCCAGAGCUGUUGCUGCAAACAAUCUUCGAAUCCAUGUUUCAGUUUGCGCGGCUCGGCCGUGGAGCUCCUGGGAGAGCAGCUUUGCUGAGAAAUGCGGCGGAAGCUGCCCGAAAGCUCGGCCCAAAGGAAGCUGAACAGCUAUUUGGGGCGACCCAAGCCGCGAGGAUUGCUACAAUCAGCCGCCUGACAGUCAAAUGCAUGUGA